UGAUUCAUUAUUAUUGUAAACUUCAUGAUACCCUCGCAGUUAGUUGUUCAAAACCUAAGCAGCGAAACACCACAAACAAAGUGCACCCAGCAAUGUCUAUUAAUUUCAUUUGUUCCUCAGUGCUAUUCUUUGUGUAUUUUUUCAUAAUUGCAAAUGCCGAAACCUCAAACCCCCAAAAUUCCGUAAAACAGGGAGGUCUUACCGGUAGGUAUAUGCGAACAAGGAAUGGUAGACAAAUUAGUGCGUACCUAGGCAUUCCGUAUGCCAAACCGCCCAUUGGAAAUCUUAGAUUUAGGCCCCCCGUUCCUGCAGAUCCAUGGUCAGGAACCUUAAACGCUACGGAACCCGGUUCGGCAUGCGCCCAAGGUGCGGUAAUUUACGCCACGCCGUACCAAGGAGAUGAAAAUUGCCUAUUUCUAAAUUUGUACACGCCUCAAUUACAUAAAAGUGAAAGGAGGUCAUACGCUGUUAUGGUGUAUAUACAUGGUGGAGGUUUCGCUUUGGAUACUGGAAAUGGAUAUGGGCCCGAUUAUUUGUUAGAUUAUGAUGUCAUACUCGUCACCUUUAACUAUAGGCUUAGCGCACUUGGCUUUAUGACAACUGGGGAUGAAAACCUUCCCGCUAAUAACGGCCUAAAAGAUCAAUCUUUGGCCAUCAAAUGGGUUCAUGAGAAUGUGGGUGCAUUUGGUGGCGAUCCCAAACGAAUAACUUUAUUCGGGGAAUCGUCAGGGGGCGUUAGUGUACAUUACCAUAUGUUUUCGCCGCUUACCAAAGGAUUGUUCCAUGCCGCAAUUUCGCAAAGUGGGACGUUGUUUAGUAUCACGUCAAUAGUCGACCCAAAGGCACUUAUCUCGAACAGUAAGCGACUAUCUGAGUAUGUGGGUUGUCCAACGGAAAACCAUGCCAAAAUGGUGGAGUGCCUGAGAUCGGUGGACGCCAGAAAUAUUUCUGAAGCCGUUAGCAUCUUUGCUGAAUGGGACUCCGAUCCUGUAAUGAUCUUUAUGCCGACCAUUGAAACUAACCACAGAGGUGCAUUUUUACCGGAAGACCCCGUAAACAUCUUAAAAUCAGGAAAGUACGCAAACGUACCUUGGAUCUCUGGCAUGAAUAGCGAGGAAGGAGUGUAUAGAGCUGCUUACCUGUUUACGAGAGAAGAUUUGCUGAGAGACCUUAAUCAAAAUUUUAGUCGAGUUAUGGCAAUAACCUUAAACGACAAAGAUCCCGAGUUUGACAGGUUUGGAAAGCAAAUCAGAAGUUUUUAUUUCGGAAAUAAAGCCAUUGACAAUAGCACCGUUGUCAACUUGGCUUACUUGUAUUCGGACAUACACUUUGUCUCUGCUAUUCACUUGGCUGUCCAACUUCACCUCAAAUAUUCCAACCAGCCAGUGUAUCACUACGUGUUCUCGCACCAAGGCCGGAAUAGCUUCUCCGAACUGUUUGGAACGCCACCAUUUAUCUACGGAACUAGUCAUUUGGAUGAUUUGAUGUAUCUGUUUCCAUUUGAAUCUUCGUUUGGGAACACGCCCUUAAGUCAAGGAGACCGUCACUACUCAAACUUACUCUGCACAAUGUGGACAAACUUCGCAAAAAGAUGCGAUCCGACUCCUGAUACUGAUAUCAUAAUUUCCUCACGAUGGGAGCCUGUCAAAACAAGAAAUUUGGAAUACUUAAAUAUUGGAGGGGGACUACAUACCGCUAGUAAUGCUUAUCCGAAAAGAAUUCAGUUUUGGGAGAGGCUUAACAGAAUCCGAAAUCUGAACAUUCGAGAAGAAUUAGCCCCAAUUGCUGCUGAUUCGUGGACUGGUUACUUUAAUGCAAGUGAUUAUGGUUCAGAGUGCCCCCAAGUAGACAUCCUCUUUGGAAAACCAUACAAAGGUCGCGAAAACUGUUUGUUCCUUAAUGUAUAUACUCCACAGUUACGCAAAGAUGAUACCAGUACGUAUGCAGUAAUGAUUUUCAUACACGGUGGAGGGUUCUUCUUUGGCUCAGGUAACCCCUACGGGCCCGAUUUCUUACUGGAUCAGGACAUCGUUCUAGUCACCUUCAACUACAGGCUUGAUGCGCUUGGAUUUAUGAGCACUGGCGCUGAGGUCGUGCCAGGUAACAACGGGAUGAAGGACCAGGCCUUGGCAAUAAAAUGGGUGCAUGACAACAUAGAAGCAUUUGGUGGCGAUCCCAAACGUAUUACCCUGUUUGGUGAAUCUGCAGGAGGUGCUAGCGCGCAAUACCACAUGUUGUCCCCUCUUAGUCAAUGUCAUUUUAGUGCAGCGAUAUCUCAAAGCGGAACUAUAUUUAACGUUUGGGCCUUUAUGGAUAAGAGCAUGGUAGUGGGAAACACUCGACGGUUAGCUGAUCACGUGGGUUGUGCCACUUACGACAAUGUGAAAAUGGUCGAGUGUUUACGGUCCGUAGAUGCUAAAAAGCUAAUGGAGGUACGAUUUAGUUUUAUGAAGUGGGACCUUGAUCCGUGGAUGUUGUUUGCUCCGAUAGUAGAACCAAACAUAAGAGGUGCAUUUUUACCAGACCACCCAUUAAACAUUCUAAAAGAGGGAAAACAUGCACCCGUUCCUUGGAUAGCUGGUGUUAAUAGCGAGGAAGGGAUUUUGAGGGUUGCUUUGAUCUACAAGAAAGAAAAUCUUGUAAAAGAACUUGAUGAAAACUUCAGCGAAAUCAUGUCAAUAACGUUUAAUGAUGAAUCCAAAAUCCAGGAAUCUUCAAAGCUGAUUAGGGAUUUCUACUUCGGCAACCAGAAGAUUAAUAAUAACACCAUGUUCAACCUAAUCAACAUGUAUUCCGAUAUGCUCUUCAAUUAUGGUAUUCAUGUUGCCGUUAAGAUGCACUUUAAAUACUCAAAGCAGCCUGUAUAUUACUACCUUUACUCACAUGUUGGCCAACACAGCCUUGCUAAUAUUUAUGGAGACCCACAACUACGAUACGGUGUCAGUCACUAGGACGAAUUGUUAUUGCAAUUUCCAUAUUCGUACGGUGUGCAAUUUCGAAACGCCGUAUUAGACCGAAGAGAUCUCCACUACUCUGAAUUACUCAAUAAAAUGUGGACCAGUUUCGCCAAGACAGGUAACCCGACACCGGCAACGGAUUCCUUUGUUUCUACAAAAUGGGAGCCAGUUACCACAGAGAGCCUGGAGUACUACAACAUAGGUGCUGGUGUUCAUUCCUCAAAGAAUUUAUAUUCGGCGAGAAUGAAGUUUUGGG